AUGGCAUCAACAAACCCAACACCACAACCCACAAAAACUACAUCCACCACUACAAACCAACCUCGCUACAGAGCUAUCCGCGCCACCUAUAGCCCUAACACAAUAACCGUCUACCAAGCCUACCCCUCCUCAAUCGCCACCCCAGCCCUAGCAGCCCAAACCUUCGUCCCCCCAUUCUCCCGCACGCGGAUGACAUGGAUAAAACCAUCCUUCCUCUGGAUGGCCUACCGCAGCGGCUACGGCACAAAACCAGGACAGGAGCGCGUACUCGCCAUCGAGAUCACUCGCGAGGGCUUCGAAUGGGCACUUCGGCAUUCCUGUCUAAGCCAUUGGGGGGACCAGAAUAAUAUCCCGCAAAGCGGAACCGGGCCUGAUUAUGUGGAAAGCAAGAAACAGUGGCAAGAGAAGCUACAUAGCAGCCCUGUGCGCAUUCAGUGGGAUCCUGAGCGCGAUUUGAAGCAUAGACCGUCGAUAUAUAGGUCUAUUCAGAGUGGACUGGGGCCGUUGGCUGUGGCUAAAUACGUGGAUGAGUGGAUUGUGAGUGUGACUGAUGUUACGGAUCUGAUGCGUGAGGUGUCCGGGUAUGUUGACAGGGGGGACUUGAACACGGCGUUUUCGUGUUUACCUGAUGAGAGGGAGUAUCCGUUGCCCGAGGAAUUGAGGGCUAUAGUGCAUGCUUCACCAUUGUAG